AUGGCAAUCCCGAGGCCACAAGCCAAAUUCUGGACAGUGAUGGCUGGAUACAUACCGGGGAUUUAGGCUACUUCAAUGACGACAAUCUACUACAUGUGGUUGACCGCAAGAAGGCAAUGCUUAAAUUCCAAGGAAUUCACUACUGGCCCGCUGAAAUCGAGAAUGUGAUCAGAGAGUUGCCUCAGGUGCGUGACGUUUGUGUUGUGGGCAUAGCUGAUGAUGUGCUUGGCGAUGUGGCCGCCGCAUUGGUGGUCAAAAGUCCAAGCUGCAACAUCACUCCGGAAGAAAUUAUGAAUCACGUAGCCAAACGUUUUGUCGCCACACAUAAACAUCUACAUGCCGGUGUUCGAUUCACUGAAAGGCUGCCCGUCAACAACAAUGGAAAGACUAUGCGAAUCGCGGCACGCGAGCUGUAUAAAUCACUGGGUGGGACAACAACUAAGGGAAACUAA